GGAGCCGUGUUCCGUGUGGAAAGUUUACCGGCUCGGGUGCAAAGUUUCAGCCGUCUGCAAAUCGGAGCUCGUCGGCAAACGCAUCCGGAAUACGCUGGCGACGACAGCGGUGUACUAAAACAUCAACUAAACUGUCUCACAGAUUAAUAUCGCCUGUGGUUGACUUAAAAUCAGGCCGAGUGAUGCUGCCGUCGCUGGAUAACAGCCGUGAAUGAAGACGUCGUUAGCACCGACUGUAUUGUCUCAGGGAGCUGAGCUAGCUUAACGUAAGUCGUUAGCUCGGAAUCGAACCGGAGAGCUAGCUAGCUGAUGUCUGAGUGAUCUCUUACGAAGACACGGUGAAACGUUAUUUCACGUUAACUUGAAACUUAACUUGACGGGAGGACCACUGUGAGGAAGGGAAGAUGGCUUGCGAGCCCAAUCGAGUCCGGCUGCUCUGCAUGCUCUCACUGACUUUUGGGUUCUUCAUUGUGGAGGUGGUGGUCAGCCGGAUCACCUCAUCUCUGUCCAUGCUGUCGGACUCCUUUCAUAUGCUGUCGGACGUCAUUGCGCUGGUGGUGGCCCUGGUCGCGGUGCGAUUCGCCGAAAAAACCCACGCGACCAACAAAAACACCUUCGGCUGGAUCCGGGCGGAGGUGAUGGGAGCUCUGGUCAACGCCGUCUUCCUCACGGCGCUGUGCUUCACCAUCGUCCUGGAGGCGAUCGAGCGCUUUACCGAGCCCCACGAGAUCGAGACCCCCGUGAUGGUGGCCGCCGUCGGCGCCGCGGGGCUCCUGGUCAACCUGCUCGGGCUCUGCUUGUUCCACGGGCACGCCGGCGGGGGCCACGGACACUCCCACGGAGGACACGGGCACUCACACGGUGGUCACUCUCACGGGAACAAGAACAAGCGGGGUAAAACAGGCAAGUCCCAGAAGGCUGGGAAUGGGUCUUCAGGAGAGGAGACCAACAACCUGGUGGCAAAUCACAACAGCCCGGGGGAUGGGAGACCGAGAAAUGAAAUCAGCUGUAAGGACAGCACAGAGGUGCAAAUGAAUGGCAACACCCACUACGAGGAGAUGGACCAUGACACGGACUCGUCAUCGCAGCUCAACAUGCGUGGGGUCUUCCUACACGUGUUGGGUGAUGCCCUGGGCUCCGUCAUUGUGGUUGUUAAUGCUAUAAUAUUUACCUUUGUGUGGCAGCCCUGCAAAGGCAAUGAAAAUUGUACGAACCCGUGUAUCAACAGCCACACCACAGACCACCGGCACAUCAAUCACACGCUGGUCGACCUGCAUGAAAAUCCCACUGUGCCAGUAAUGACUGCCGGCCCUUGCUGGGUCCUGUACUUGGAUCCCACUCUCUGCAUCAUCAUGGUGUGCAUCCUGCUGUACACCACAUACCCGCUGCUCAAAGAGUCGGCCCUCAUCUUGCUGCAGACCGUGCCCAAGCAGAUCAACAUGCACAGGCUCAACGAGCGGCUGCUGAGUCUGGACGGCGUGCUGGCCAUCCACGAGCUGCACAUCUGGCAGCUGGCCGGCAGCCGCAUCAUCGCCACAGCUCACAUCAAGUGCCACGACCCCACGUCUUACAUGGAGGUGGCCAAGCGCAUCAAGGACUUCUUCCACGACGAGGGCAUCCACGCCACCACCAUCCAGCCAGAGUUUGUCACAUUCAGCUCGGAGUCCCGAGACUCCCUCUGUGAGCUCUCCUGUCGGACUCAGUGUGCCCCCAAGCUGUGCUGCGGCUCUGCCGACAAACAGGGUACAGGCUCGGACAAAAAGGCCAGCAGUGACUCUAAGCCGGCCGCAGCUUCAGCCUUGGAGGUGAUCAGUGAGACCUCAGAGCAAGCCGCAGGCAUCCAGGUGUGCCCUCGGUCAGAGGCCGAGGUUACCAUUGCCAGAGAGGUGGAGUCGUCUCUGUGAGAUGGAGGGGAUAGAAAGAAACAGAGGAGAAGCUGGAAAACUACCACUCUGGGCAGAAAAUCAUCGUCAUUCACUGGAUGCUGUUAUCUUUUUGACCUGUAGUUACCCUGAUAAGGAAAUAAUUUUCCUUAGCCUUUUAUUCUCUGUCAUUAUCUCCUUUAUGGCUGAAGUAUCCUCCCAAGAAACCCCUCUGUAUCCAUGCAUUUGAGCCUCUUUUUUUUUUUUUCAUCUGCUCUUUCAUUUCCAACUCCUCCUCCCUCUUGGCCUCUCCUCUGCCACUCGGCGCCUCUCUCGUUGUCUCGUCUGUUGCCCUGGCAGUAUGGUGGUGAUGCAUGUUGGGGUUCACUGACCUUAUCUCCUCCAGGACCUGAGCGAGUCCUGCAUGAGCGUCCCUCAUUAGCACCAUGUUGUGAUGCAUCAUCUCGUCCCAUGGUGUUUCUGUGCCAAAGCUUCUCACUGCAGGACUGAAGGGAUCGGAGAGACGCACUCUCCUCCAAAAAAAGGACACACACAACACAUGCAAGUCGGAGCACACAUCACUAGGUUAUUUUGUUUAGCCUAUGGACCUGUUUGGCAAAGAGUCUACCUUCUUGUUUUUUGCGUAGGCUUUUAGCAGAUCUAUUUUCUUACCCUCUGGCCCCAAAUGGAAGAGUAUUGUAUUGCAUAAUAAUUUAAGUAUUUAAGUUAUUAGAAAUGAUCUAUUUCUCUCUGUAGAUGCUGUUUGUAAUAUUUAGUUUGGAUGAUAGAAACAUUUUUGCAAAUUUUCUGUCUUGAAGUUUUUGACAGACCAUCUAUGCUGUAGUCAGUUUUACAAAUGUGAUGUUUUUAUAAUCUUGAUCUUGUUUUUUCAGACUUCUCUGGCCUUGACUCAGUUUUAAUUGCAGUCAUUAGUUGGAUACAGAAGCCGUAUCAACACCUCUCUCACCUUGCCUUUUAAAUAUAAAACUGCUGUGGUAUAGCACUAAGCAUAGUAGACGCGGUGUAACUGAACUUCUUGCAAUGGCACAGUCACCUAAUUAAAUGUUCACUGAUAAAUUUGAUGCCUUGCAAGCCAGAGGGCUGGGUCUGUUGUGAAGAAGUGAGCACUGUAUGCCAUUAGUGAAACACUAUUCUGUGUGAAUCUGUACUGGAAACUAUUCUGAUGAUGGCUGUAGAUUUUUGUUUUAAAAUCCUCUUGAAUGUGUGCGGCACCUUGUCACAAUCCAUGCUGAGGGAGUUUUUAUAUUUCCAGGACCUUGUACUGAGUUUGCAUGACCAAACCGAGACCCGGUGUUCAAAUUUUUUAGAGCUCCGCUGAGAGCUCCAGUUGCUGCUUACCAGUACCUGCUGGUAUCCUCCAACAUUAUUCAUAACUGUGUAGGCAAUGACUCAUCAUAUAACUUAUCUGUCCUCUUUGCUUUGGACAGCUGAUCAAGUCCAUAUGGUGGCCUUUGAAACUGUCCCUCGUCACCACAGAUAUCACUUAUAGGUGAUCCAUCGAUGCAUUUCAGAUUUCCACUCCCGAUUAAAUGUGUAUGCAAUAUAGAACUAUGUGCUGGGAAAUGUAUUUUGACGUGUUCUUCAUUUGUAAUGUUUGGUCACUUUUAUUCUGUAUCUUGAGACUUGAGCUCUGUGCAAAUUGAAAACAAAAGUGUUGUUUUUUUUAUUUUAGAUAUGACAUGUCAGCUGAUGUUUUUGAUAUAUAUAUAUAUAUAUAUAUAUAUAUAUACAGUAUAUAUAUAUCUACAGUACCUGUCCAAUGUGUCAUUGUGAAAUAAAAAAUAUGGCUGUUUGGUACAGUUGAUGAAUCCAAA